AUGGGACCUCGAGGCACUGGGUUCCUGGUGGCACUCCUCGUCCUGGGGCUGUGUGCCCUGGCUGCUGGUGGCAAACCUGCCCCCUGUCAGUGUUCAAGGCUGAGUCCCGACAACAGGAAGAACUGUGGCUUCCCUGGAAUCACCAGCAGCCAGUGCUUCGACGUUGGAUGCUGUUUUGACUCCACUGUGCCCGGUGUCCCCUGGUGUUUCACUCCCCUUCCAAUGCAAGGGUCAGAGCAGUGUGUCAUGGAAGUGAAGGACCGCAAGAACUGUGGGUACCCCGGCAUCAGCCAGGAAGACUGUGCCUCCCGAAACUGCUGUUUUUCCGACACCAUCCCUGAAGUGCCCUGGUGUUUCUUUCCUCUCUCUGUGCAAGCCUGA